GCUUCGCCCUCUAAAGCUGUUGGAUUUGUAGUCAUGUGUGGAGGAGAUUGGAGGGCGCUCCUCUAAGAGGAGCUUGUUGUUACAAACCAAAUCAUCGGCCCGAUAAAAAUAGACUAAAAAUAAAUGACAGGAAUCCUGUACACACGUGUUCCUUUAUACUGUAUUUUCUCCAGGCGAUGACCGAAUAUUUUGGAGGCGUUUUGUCAGAACAGAACAGUUUGGUCUUUUUUUUGGGGGGGGGGGGUUCACUUUCCUGAAUCUUGUGCGUCUUUUGUGCUUCAUCUAGAGCUCACAAGGGAAGGAAAAAAACUGUGGAGAAUAAUAAAAGAGCGAAGGGGGGGAGCUGAUUGCCCAGAAGACCAGCGGACCGCGGCGAUGAGAUUGCCAUUGGAAGUGCAAACACAGACACACACUGCACGGCAGAGUUGAAGCGAUCUCAGGCGCGUAUGCGCUGACCGUCUCCCGAGGGCUGACAACUGAGAGCCGAGCGUGUUCGCAGCCUUUUAGUCUAUCAGAUGAAAUGACAAGACACAGCUUGUAGUGGGUGAGGGGAUUAUAAUGAUCGUUUGGGGGCUCGGAGAACUGUAUCGGCAUCACGUGUUGGUUGGUGCUGGCGGCUUUGGCGAUCGCGGGGGCUCCGUGUCAAGUGUCCUUGGUGUAUCCGGAGCUGUGCACAAAGUGCCGAGGACUAGAUGACGGGUUCGCCAAAAUCCGAUGAAGGCAAGACCUCCAUCCGUCACAGGACUAAGGGCAGGGAGAGAGACACUUUAUGCCGUCCAGAAACAGGCGAUCAGAACGCGUUUUGUUUUGAGAUGAGCGCCAGGGGCUUCUCCGCGAAGGAAUUUGCAGACGCUGCGAAAUUGAUCGCUUUUCCAAGCUGGAUGCUUAAAUGAUGUCCGUUUAAGCGGAAUAUAUAUAUAUGUGUGUGUGUGAGAGAGAGAGGAAAAAAAAAAGCAAUAGACCUUUUUGCAUGAUAAGAAAUCAUGACUGAUAAAGAAACAGACGAUUUAAAAUUAUCCAGCUCUGGAUCGCACAUAAUAAGUGAAUCGGCGUCAUUUUUGUUGUUUUCGCUGGUUAUGAAUAAAACAUAAAAGUGGAGCCUUUGGAAAAGAUACGGGACAGGGGUUUCGCUUACUUUCAUAAAGGCUGGCAGAAGGGGUACAGUAUCAAUCCGAUCUGGGAUCCGUGCGCCCCGGAUUGAACGGAAGUUUUUUUGCGUACCGCUGUCCACGGUACCGCUAUCCCCGGCAUGGUUGAGACGCUAAGUAUUGCGAUCAUUGGAGGCCCUGGAGUGGGGAAAACUUCCAUUAUACGUCAAUUUCUGUACAAUGACUUCACUGAGGUUUACACCCCAACCAACUCAAGGUAUGUGUACAGACCUUCAGUGAUUUUGAAUGGUAACAUGUACGAUUUGAAGAUUAUGGAUGUCCCGCCUCUGUCGUCUUUCCCCGCCAGCACAAGCCAGGAGUGGAUGGACCUGCGGUGCAGAGGGGUGCGGAACGCCAAUGCCUACAUCCUGGUCUACGACAUCUGCUGCGUGGAGAGCUUCGAGUACGUGAAAAUGAUCCGGCAGCAGAUUGUGGAGCACAGCCCCCACCGCAGCCCUGCAACACAGGAAGCCUUUUAUUUAUUCAGACGAAUGCCUGCCAUCCCGAUGCUCGUUCUGGCAGGACUUCGCUCCCAUGCAGGUAAAUUAUUAGGUGUGGAUUUCAGUAAAAAAAACAAUGGGGUUGUAGUCCGUUACAUGCUUUAUAAAGAAUAGCUAAAAACUGUCAUGAUCACUGUUGGCAUCAGCUGAUGCCUUUACCCAGUUCACACAGAGCGAUCAAUAAACCGUCAAAAUGCUUACAGUGCUGUAAUAUUAAACAUUGAUUGGAGCAUGCAAAGGAAAUAAGUUAUUGCAAUUGUGACGUAAAGCACAAUGACCAAAACAGAGCGUGAAACACAAACUAAUACAAUCCCUGCAUGCACUGCAGGUUCUACAAGUACACACCUGUAAGUGGAAAUAUACUGUAGCAGUACAGCGCACAGAAAUUAAAGUGACAAGCAACAUGAUAAGACGUGCUAACACUUAAAGCACUAGCUCAUGCUGUUAAGCUUAACAUCCUGUUCGAUAUAUUCAUGUUAGCCUGAAACCCACUGCUGAUGCACGAGAAUUUGCACUCGAAGGCUCUUGAACUUCACUCCUAAGGUUUUCUUUUUUUUUCACUUCACUAAAUGGAACACAGUAUUGGAACAGUGUACAUGGUCACCCUUACACUGCUCUGCAUGUAGUAGUCUGUCAUUAAAGCUGCUUUAGUUUCUGUUUUUUUUCCCGAUUUCUUAAAUUAACUUCUUUCACCCUUUUGAUAUAUUCCAUUUGAGCUUUCGUUUUCCUUAAUAAUGUUCACAGAAUGUUUAUAUAUCCUUUUCAAUGGGCAGCCAGUGGGUGGUUGGCAUUGCU